CAGAACUGUAUACCCGCUCUCAGACUCCCCAGCUCUCAUUCUCUAGAAGAUGGCGGACUGCGUUUCACUGUUAGAUGAGGAGCUCUCUUCUUUUGUCUUCAAUUACCUGACAGAAAACUCAGGCAGCCAGUAUGGGGAGGAGGAGGUCUGUUCGAACCGCCUGGACGCUGACUUCCCUGACAUUGACCUCUCUCAGCUGGACGCCAGCGACUUUGACUCAGUCAACUGCCUCAGCGAGCUCCACUGGUGCAACGACAAUGCUGACAUCUCCCCUGCCUCCAUCCAGUACAGCACAGGAGACCCCGAGCUCUUUGAGAUAGAAGAGGAGAAUGCGGCGCUGCUGGCUGCUCUCACAGACAGCCUGGACGGCAUGGUGGAGGACGAGGAGGGGGGGCUGUCUGUUUUUCCCUCGCUGAGGGAGGGGUCCGAGGAGGACCUACCCUUCCCUUCAGGCUCCCUGAGCCCAGAGACAGAAGAUCCGUCUCUACUGAAAAGGCUCCUGCUGUCCCCCCCUAACGUGCCCACGGGCCUGGAGUCACACAAAGAGGGCAGCAGUAGCAGUGUGCAUCGCCAUAGCAGCCGGAGCCUGCAUAUGAAACCUGUCAGACCUUUGGUUAAGCGUGAUGGCACACAUGAGCGUAAGCCCCGAGCUGUGCGACCAGCUGGACGUCUGUGCACAGAGCUCCACCGGCACCUGACCACCACACAGGAGGCCGAGGACACUCCUUCAGCUGACACAGAGGAGGACGGGGAGGAGGAGGAAGAUGAUGACGAGGAGGACAGUGAGUCCGAGGAGGAAGAAGAGGAGGAGGAGACCUCAAGCAGUGAGGGUGAAAGCUCCACCCUGCCUGAGCCCUCCAAGCCCCAGUUCUCCUCGGAGAAAGAACUGCGCUCUGUGGUGGAGCUCAUCAAGUACAUGCACACAUACUGCCUACCCAUGCGCAAGCAGGCCAUCUGGGAGCGCAAGGAGCGCGAGUGCCCAGGCCAGGUACGCAGGGCCAGGCCUGAGUACCCUCCUGCUCGUAUCUCCCCAAACUGUCACAAGGCUGCAACCCAGGCCCAGAUCUGCGCCCCUCGGCCGCGCUUCGCCUUCACACGCAGACGGGAGUUCAAAGCCAACUCUCUCCUGCGCGAACUGCUCGAAGCGGUCAAAUCCUUUGACGUGAGCAAGCCUUACAGACUCCACAGCCCCCCCUACACUCAUAACAGAGGAGCUAUCCCCAAACCAGCGCAGGACAGAAAGACUGAGACCCCCAGUCCGGCUGCCCGUUCAACCAAACCAGAGCUUAGGAAAGACUCCGAAAGCAACAGGUCCCUAGAGGCCCCUAUGAGCCCCGAUCUGGAGGAGGCGUUUUUCUCUGUCCGCCGCUCCCGCAGGCUUGCCUCUUUCCCCAGCCGCUUCGCCAAGAAGGUGCGUGCGGGCCGGAUGAGGGUGGAGCCUGUGUCGGGAGCCGGGCACCCUGGCGAGGAGGACAUGGCGGUCAAACACCCCAUGGGACACGACCUGGAGAAAGACACCACCACCCCUAACAACAGCACUUCUUCCCAAACCACGGCAGACGCAGCUGAACCCGAUAACAUCUGCUGUCAAAACGUGAAACGCAGCUGCCUCUGUCUUCCGCUGACUCCCAUAUCUACAGGAGAUACCCAGUAUGCCAACAAGCCCUUUGAGCAGUCUCUCAGCGUGGACCUGUGUGGCACAGCAGGCCUCACCCCUCCCACCACCCCCCCUCACAAGCCUGUGGAGGACGAGCUGUUCAAACCUGAGGGGAAAGGAGAGUCCCCCCCGAAGGGUUCUUGGCUCACUCGGGCCAACUCCCGCAAGUUCCCCGAGCAGACCGAACUCUACGCUCAGCUCCGCAAGAUGGGCCAGGCCAGCGAUGGAGAUCCCAAAGUCCACCAGACAUUCGGAGACCAUGACUACUGCCUGCUAAGCCUGGGGGAGCGUCGGAAGAGAACCGCCGCCAUGCUGUCCCACUCUCUGUUCGGACGCUCUUCUCCUGAGGGGCCAGAGCCUAAGGGGGAAAGGGCGCUGGGGGGUGAGAGGCUUGGACAUCAGCGUGAAGACAAACUCUUCUCCAAGGUACCAGAGUACCUGAGUAACGGUACCAGGGCUGACAGCAAGGGGGACGGGCGGAGGGCGACCGCGGCAUCACCCCAAUCAGCAUCGCCCCAUGCUAUAUCACCCCACAAGUCAGAUGAAGAGGGGGAACGCUCCUCCCUCUGCUCCCGCUCUCCCUCCCCCAUCCUCUACUCCAGCUUCUGCCAGCCCCACUCCCCUAGCAGUAAGCCUGACAUCAGCUGUGAGAACUCUGAGACGUGCCACGGGGACAAGCAGGGGAACAAAAUCUCCAAGUCUGGGAUUCAAAUUGACGAGGACAACUGCCAAGUGUUCUACAUUCACAACCUGCCCAGCAGCGUCACACAAACUAUGCUGCGCAAACGCUUCGAGGCCUUUGGCGACCCAGAGGACUGCAAAGUCAUCACCAAAAACGAGGAACGCUGUGGAGUCAUCAAGUUUCGUCAAGCGCCCAGUGGCCAGCAGAUCCAGAAGCACAGACGAGAGCCGCUCUUCCAGAACAGAGGGGGUGGCAUGAACAGGCUCAGCAGGAAGAGAUACAUUGAUCUGGACGAAGCGGGACCAGGGCCGGUAAAGAGCAAGUAUGACGCCCUGGACUUUGACACCCUGCUGAAGGAGGCCCAGAAGAGCCUGCAUCGCUGACGGUGACUCGGCUGGCCUCGCCUUAGAACCCCCGAACCACCCCCAGACUUGCCUCAGUACCUCAACCAAGGCACCUCGUCAUGUUUACAUUUUUAACAUUGGAAUAAGAAAUGGACCUUUUGACUGAGGAUACUACCGAGGAAGCUAGCAGGGGUUGAAGGGAUGGAGCAAAAAGCAGCCAAACAACAUAGAAACUCUUCCUGUCUGUGUUCAUGACUUACUCCUGACUUGUCGUCGCCCCAUUGGGAGUGGGCGUGCAGGCGGGCGAGACCUUUGUAGCAAACGUUUCUCCCUCCGUUGGUCAUUGUGGUGUGUGUGUGUCUGCGUGUGUGUCGUUUUUUUGUACCCCCUUGGUCACUACUGGUGCAACUGCAAGCUCAGCUGUAUUGGCCGUUACGUCGUACAGUAUAUAACGAGCCUGCUCUAUAUUAGCAAACUUGUGGAUGUUAAAACUAUGUGUGUUAUGACAUAAAAUACAAAAGCAGAAAAAUAAUUUCAAUAACUUAAGAGUUUACAAAUCGAAAAUGAAAAGAAAAAAAAUCUUGUUUUAUGUCAUUUUAGUGCUUCCUUAAUUUAAUCUAUGCACUCUUAACGAGGUAAUAAUGUUUCUUCUCUCGACUUGUUCCCCCUACUCUGCCAUGCUAUUGACUGCUUUACUCUGAAGGUUCCCACUGCUGAAGAGAUAGACACAACCUGCUAACACAGCGUUUUCCAAACUCAGUCCUGGGGCCCCCGUGGGUGUACGUUUUGGUUUUUGCCCUAGCAAAAACCAAACUCGGUCCUGGGGGGGGGGCCCAGGACCGAGUUUGGUAAACGCUGUGCUAACACUAAUCUAGGAUGGCAGUCACUUCCUAUCCUGCCAACACAUAAAUGGGGUUAUGACAACCAAUGCUAUUAUGUCAUGAAGUAAAGUUCAAGGCAUAUUUACCCUAUGAAAACUCACUCUCAGAAGAAAAUCACAAAAUCCAUCGUAGCCAAUUUCUCUCCACUGUUUGUACUGUUGGAACUUGUGACUCAGUCAGUGAGUCAACUUAUUCAAGCACAGAGUAGAAU